GCUCUCCUCCGGUCGCAAUUAAUAAAUUGCACACCAGAAUCUCAUUUUCUCAUUCCCACUUUCAAGAUUCAUUCAUUCAUUCAGUUGUUACACACACAUCAUCAUCAUCAUCAUCAUCAUCAUCUGCGUGCAUCUCUACUCUGUAUAAAUUUCCUCAUCCGGGAUGGCGGAUCAUCACAAGGAAGAGGAGAACAAGGGCGAGUCUUUGAUCGACAAGGUUACUGACAAAAUGCACGCCCAUGAUUCGUCUUCAUCGUCAUCGUCGUCGUCUUCGUCGGACUCUGAUGAUGACAGGAAGGCCCGGUUGAAGACCAAGGUCUAUCGCCUCUUUGGCAGGGAGAAGCCUGUCCACAAAAUCCUCGGAGGUGGCCAAGGUGCCGAUGUGCUCCUAUGGAGGGACAAGAAGGUGUCAGCAGGAGUGCUAGGUGGGGCUGCUGCUCUCUGGUUUUUGUUUGAUGUACUCGAAUACCACUUCCUGACGUUGAUCUGUCAUGGAUUGAUCCUUGGGCUGGUUGCUAUGUUCUUGUUGUCAAAUGCAUCAACCUUUGUCAAAAAAGCUCCACCACGCAUUCCAGAAGUUGUAUUGCCAGAGGAGCCUGUUUUGAAGUUUGCAUCUGCAUUGAGGAUUGAGAUCAAUCGAGUCUUUGCAGAUCUGAGGGAUAUCGCAUCUGGAAAGGACUUGAAGAAAUUUCUCUAUGUAAUUGGUGGCUUGUGGGUGUUGUCAGUUGUUGGCGGUAUCUGUGACUUCAUGACACUGAUCUUCUCAAUUACCUUGCUGCUAUUCACUGUGCCGUUCCUCUAUGAGAAGAAUGAGGACCAGGUGGACUGUUAUGCUGAGAAGGCAAUAGCCGAGCUCAAGAAACAAUACGCCGUGUUUGAUGCUAAAGUUUUGAGCAAGAUCCCUAGAGGGCCAUUGAAAGAUAAAAAGAGUGACUGAGCAUAUCUCUAGAAUUGUCUAUUUGUCGUAGAUAAUACAGUUCCAAGUUCACAAGACAGUGUGGUAGGAUAGAAAUUCUAUGUUGCUUUUUCUUAGGAUCUCAGAUUGUCACCAGGAUUAGUCUUGGAUCAUUAUGAGACAUCUCGGUGGAUAUCAGCAGCUGGAUCAUCGAUGAUCUUGUGUUUAUGUGACUGCGUAGAAAACAGCAUCAUCCGUUGCGUAUCUGUGAAGUGUAAUGUUUUGCUUAAUGUCCAGUUCUAGCAAUAAUUUAUAUAUUUCCUCGAGUGAAAAUUCUCGGUCUUUUCUGCUUCA